UGCUUUCACAUUUCCCUCCGGCCAGAUCCCUGACAGCUCAUUUCUUAAGCCUGAACUGCUAACCUGUUACGUGAAAUAUUAUAUAAACACCGUGACAAAAAACAGCAGCACUCCUUUGAAGGUGGGAUGGAUUACAGAGUCCCUGGUGCAGUUAGCAAUGGAGAGACAAUACCUGUUCAUCGAAGCAUGGAAAAGAAGGAAGAAGAGGAGAAUCGAACGCUGGAACGAGGCCAGUGGAACAACAAGCUGGAAUACGUGCUGUCUGUGGCUGGAGAGAUCAUUGGCCUGGGGAAUGUCUGGAGGUUCCCUUACCUCUGUUACAAGAAUGGUGGAGGUGCCUUCUUCAUCCCCUACCUCAUCUUCCUCUUCACCUGUGGGAUUCCAGUGUUUUUCCUGGAGACAGCACUAGGGCAGUAUACCAGCCAGGGUGGGGUCACAGCAUGGCGGAGGCUUUGCCCUCUCUUUGAAGGAAUUGGUUAUGCCUCCCAGGUGAUCGUCAUACUCCUGAACUUCUAUUACAUUAUUGUCCUGGCCUGGGCUUUAUUUUAUCUCUUCAGUUCAUUCACCAUAGAUCUUCCCUGGGGCAGCUGUGACCAUGAAUGGAACACAGGGAACUGCAUGGAAUUUCAGAAGACAAACUCUUCUCUAAAUGUGACGACUGAAAAUGCCACCUCCCCUGUCAUUGAAUUCUGGGAGAGGAGAGUGUUAAAGAUUUCCAGUGGCAUAGAGCACAUGGGGAGCCUGCGCUGGGAGCUGGCACUUUGCCUCCUGCUUGCAUGGAUCAUUUGCUACUUCUGCAUCUGGAAGGGAGUCAAGUCCACAGGCAAGGUGGUAUACUUCACUGCUACGUUCCCAUACCUUAUGCUCGUAGUUCUGCUGAUCAGGGGAGUCUCUCUGCCAGGAGCUUUCCAGGGGAUCCUGUUCUAUCUUUACCCAGACCUCACUCGUCUCAGGGACCCCCAGGUAUGGAUGGAUGCAGGCACUCAGAUCUUCUUUUCUUAUGCCAUUUGUUUGGGAUGCCUGACAGCUUUGGGCAGCUACAACAAAUACCAUAACAACUGUUACAGGGACUGCAUCGCUCUGUGUUUUCUGAACAGUGGCACAAGUUUUGUGGCUGGCUUUGCAAUCUUUUCCAUCUUGGGCUUUAUGGCUGAGGAGCAGGGAGUGCCUAUUUCUGAGGUAGCUGAGUCAGGGCCUGGUCUGGCAUUUAUUGCUUACCCUCGAGCAGUGGUCAUGCUGCCUUUUUCCCCACUCUGGGCCUGCUUUUUCUUCCUGAUGGUCGUUUUGCUUGGACUGGAUAGCCAGUUUGUCUGUGUGGAGAGCCUGGUGACAGCCCUUGUUGAUAUGUAUCCUAACAUCUUCCGGAAGAAAAACCGCCGAGAGACCCUCAUUCUACUUGUUUCCAUCCUUUCAUACCUGAUAGGACUGAUUAUGCUUACUGAGGGCGGGAUGUAUGUUUUCCAGCUAUUUGAUUAUUAUGCUGCCAGUGGCAUGUGCCUGCUCUUCGUUGCCAUCUUUGAGACGCUCUGUAUUGGCUGGGUGUACGGAGCUGACCGUUUCUAUGAUAAUAUUGAAGACAUGAUUGGCUACCGGCCAUGGCCUCUCAUCAAGUACUGCUGGUUAUUCAUCACACCAGCGGUCUGCCUGGCAACCUUCCUGUUCUCUUUGAUUAAAUACACACCACUGACUUACAACAAGAAGUAUGUAUACCCCUGGUGGGGAGAUGCACUGGGCUGGCUGCUGGCCCUCUCAUCCAUGGUGUGCAUCCCUCUUUGGAUCCUCUACAAGCUCUCCACAAUCAAGGGCUCCCUGAGAAAGAGGUUUCGCCAGUUAAUAUGCCCAGCUGAGGACCUGUCUUCCAGGCUGGGUGUGGGGCAGCCCCCUCCUUCCACCAGAGCUGGUAUCUUAAUGCUGACAGAGCUUGGUUCUAACUGCUAGGGCCCGCACAGCCCUGUGGAUUGUUGUGUGCACCCCUUCUACCUGUCUGAUAACCCAAUGAUUCUCCUCUUGCCAAGGGGAGAGGGACUUGUGAGCCAGCCUCCCUUUCCUGGAAGAUUUGAUGUGCUCAGCAGGGGCUGCCAUGGAACGGUCACCAGGGACACUGUGGAGCGAAUGAUGCACCUUAAUUCCUUCCCUGGAGAAUGUGUCCCGGAGCCAAUUCAAGCCAGGACUGAGCCCUGGAGUGGAGAUGGUUGGAGUCUUACAGAGGGGCGUUUUUUCCCAUGUGGACUUUGGGGACUUCUCCAUUCAUUCCAUUAAACACUUGUUCUUUCUA